AUGAAUAGUAGUAUAACAACAACAACAACAACAACAACAACAACAACAACAACAACAACAAUAACUACAACAGAGGAAACAACAAUAUGGAAAGUAAUUAGAAAGAUAGUAUUACUUAGAAAGAUAUUAAAGGAGAUUAGAGAGACAUCAAUCUAUCGAGGAUACAGUGAUGAAGAGAUGAUCUAUUGUUUAGAGUUGUAUCGAUAUGAUGAUUGGACUGAUGUUGAUGGAAUGCUAAAGAAUGGUUAUUUUGGUUUGGUGAUCGAUAAGAUCAAAUGUGGUAUACCUGUCGAGUUUAAUAAUCGUUCAAUGAAUGUUUUAUUGUCAUACGUGACUGAUCAUCAUCAAUUUGAAAUGAUACACAGCUCACAAUACAAAUAUCAUAUUUACACAAUCGAGUAUAUUGGUGAAAGAAUGGAAUCUAUCCGCUCGACAGUGGAUCAAGCUCACGUCGUAGAGAAUGAAAUCAUCACUGACAUCAAACAGAGAUUCCCUGCUCAAGUCGUCGAUCAAAAUCCAUUGAUGAUUCAAGAGUUGAGUGUUCGUCGUUGGAAACAUUCAUUUCAAGACAUGGUAGAAAGGAUUUGUUUUGUCAUCUACCAAUGUACCAAACAAAUUACAGCCGUUGGAACAAUGUCUUGCAACUCGGGUUUGGUGGAUGGCGACUAUUAA